AUGUUGGCAGUGUCGAUCUGGAAUGGUGUGCCAUUUGAAGCAUAUCGGUUUGCCGGAGUUGGAGGCGCGACGGGCAUUGGUGACAUCAACGGUGGUGGCUCCACGUUUGUAGCGGUCUUUGCAUGCAGAUCAAAGGUGGAAACUCGUACGGGGUCUGCAACUCUGUUUUGUUUUGAUUUUGUUUUUGUUCUCCAAUCUUUGCUACUGUAUUUCUUUUAUGAAGGUUUGUCGAAUGUUGUUUAUGUUGAUGAAAACAAUGAAGAGAUUGUGAUUUUAUUAAAAUUAUGA